ACAUUGACAUAUAAACAAUGAAAAAUCAAAACAAACCAUAAAUUAAAUCUUUAAAAUUACAGUAAAAUAUUAUAUUUUAAAGGAAUGUUCAUGUUGUUAAUGAAAUCAUAGAAGUAUUUAGUUUGCGUUUCAUGUGAUUGUGAUAUUUAUUUAUAAAUAAUAACUGAAUAAACAUGUCAUACAAAGUUGUAUUUCAAAAGCCGAUUCAUGCGACUGUAUUGAACAGAUUUUAUCAUGUUACGGCAACAAAUUGUAGUAGUAAGAAGCUUGGAGCAAAGCUAUGUAAAAUGCUUAACCCUAGCGCGAAACGGUCUUGGUACCCGAGCUUUACAGACAUGAACACACUGCCUAGUGUGAAAAGCUUGACCAAAGUGAAGCAUGAGCCCAGCAAGCAGGGCAACCGCCGGAUCGCUGUGCUCAACAAAUUGUUUAUGAAACAUAUCACAGACUUGAUGUCCUCAGGCAGUAGUUCAGUAGACAUUGUGGGGAGAGGAAUUGAAAUUUCUAAGGUAAAGAUAUCGCCGGACCUGCAGCGAGUGAACAUAUUCUGGGUGUGCAAGGGCGACACGAGUGAUGAAGACACGGAGGCGCUCCUCAGCAGGAUGGCAGGUCCGAUACGACACGAGUUGUCUACCCUGAGGCUGAUGGGGGAAGUGCCUUACAUAGUGUUUGUUAAAGACAGACUAGAGGCACAGAUAGUGGACCUGGACCGGCGGCUGGCGCGGGCGGACUUCGGCGAGGACUACGCGCCCACGGAGCUCGGACACCUGCUCAAGACGGACUUCACGCUCGCCACCAAGCUCUCGCCUGAAAUGAAGGCAAAAAUAAAGCAGCUAGAAGACGAAAUGCCAAUAGAAGAAGAACCAAUACCCGAGAUGACUCACAACGUGUUCGGUCUAGAACAUGACAAGAUCAUGAACAGACUCGUAGCAGCCAGAAGGAAGAGCAAGGAGGCCUGGAGCAACGUGGACCUGGAUAAUAAUGUCAUCAAGUACCGAGCACCCGCCGAGAAGUCGCCAGAAGUCGAUACCAAGUCACAGAAACAGGAUCUAGCCGAAUUUUUGCAUAAGCGACAGAUACAACAAAACAAGAUACACAAGGAGAUGCGCGACGCCCGCGCCCUGCAAGCGAUACAACUGAACGACAGGAAUGAGCAGCCAGAUGAUGAAGAUGACGACAUGGACUAUGAAGAAGAAGACGAUGACAGCUUCAUCUAUACCGGGAAUUUGGGAAACGGAAAUGACCUGUGGAAUAAAAAGUCAGCACAGUGACUUUUAAGCUUAGUAGGUGCCAAUUCGUUUUGAAAUUGUUAGUUUUAGAUUGUAUGUUAUUAAAUAAAUUUUAAUAUUUGUUAU